GGACGACCAAUUGGAACAACCUAACAACAGUAUUUUGCCCCUCUUCCGAUUCUUGAGAACUCGUCGGAGAUUCUGCAGUCGAUCACUUUCCGCCGGCCCAUUGUGUUGUCCCCCAUCUUCGUUUUUCCGUCUUCUUCGAAAUCGAAAGAGUCUAACCCUUCAUUUCACUUGAAUAAGCAAUAAUGGCAGAAUUCUUAUUCUAGGGUUACUGAAAACCCUCCUCCCUUACUGAAAUUCAAAGAGACAGGGAGGGGAGAGAUAUGUCUCGGCAAGCGACGACGACCGCGUUUCAUAAGUCCAAGACCCUGGACAACAAAUAUAUGCUUGGAGAUGAGAUUGGGAAAGGAGCAUAUGGUCGAGUAUACAAGGGCUUGGAUUUGGAGAAUGGGGAUUUUGUUGCAAUAAAACAAGUUUCUUUGGAGAAUAUUGCACAGGAGGAUCUUAACAUCAUCAUGCAAGAGAUUGACUUGCUUAAGAAUUUGAAUCACAAAAACAUAGUAAAAUAUCUUGGAUCCUUAAAGACCAAGACCCAUCUUCAUAUAAUUCUUGAGUAUGUGGAGAAUGGCUCACUUGCAAACAUAAUCAAGCCAAACAAAUUUGGGCCAUUUCCUGAAUCAUUGGUGGCUGUUUAUAUAGCUCAGGUCUUGGAGGGCUUGGUUUAUUUACAUGAACAGGGGGUCAUUCAUCGGGAUAUUAAGGGGGCAAAUAUUUUGACUACUAAAGAGGGUCUUGUUAAAUUGGCGGAUUUUGGGGUUGCCACGAAGCUAACUGAGGCAGAUGUUAACACACAUUCAGUUGUUGGCACACCUUACUGGAUGGCUCCCGAGGUCAUUGAAAUGUCAGGAGUUUGUGCUGCAUCUGAUAUAUGGAGUGUGGGUUGUACUGUGAUUGAGCUACUUACUUGUGUGCCUCCAUACUAUGAUCUUCAACCCAUGCCAGCUCUCUUUAGGAUCGUUCAGGAUGAAAAUCCUCCAAUACCGGAUAGCUUGUCACCUGGCAUCACGGAUUUUCUGCGUCAGUGUUUUAAAAAGGAUGCUAGGCUGCGACCCGAUGCAAAGACACUGCUUUCUCACCCAUGGAUACAAAAUUCGAGGCGUGUUGUAUUGCAGUCUUCACUCCGCCACAGUGGUACACUGAGAAACAUAGAAGAUGAUGGUUCAACCGGUGUGAAAACUUCAAAUGCAGAUGAUCUAAGUACUGCUGAGACUCUCUCGGCAGAGAAAAUCGAAGAAACUAAAACAGACUUGCUAUUAGCAGAGGCUACUCUUGCUGGCAAGUCUUAUGAGGGAAAUGAUUCAAGUAAUCAUACCGUUGAUGAAAAAGCAGAUGCAUCCGAAGAGGAUAUUUCAGCUGACCAAGUUGCAACUUUAGCCAUUCAUGAGAAGUCACCAUUAGAAUCUUCAUCUGUUAAUGAUGAAGCAUCUAAUCAAGCAGAGGUCCAUGAGCAAUUAGAAUUGAGUUCCACCGAGGUAGUGGUAACAAAUGGUGACUCUGGACCUUCAGAGUCAAAAACAAAGACCACGACAGAUAAGAAAGUUAAAGAAAAUGGAAGUUCUGUUGCUGCGGAGAGCAGUUCAGAUAAUUCUUGGCACAGAGGCCAUGACUACAGUAGCCAAAAGGCUGUGAAGACAUCAAGAACAGUUGGAGGAAAUGAGCUAAGUAAAUUUAGUGAUACUCCUGGAGAUGCUUCCUUGGAUGACUUGUUUCAGCCCGUGGAUAAAAAUCUGGAGGAUCGGUCAGCUGAAGCCUCAACAUCUGCAUCCUCAUCACAUGUUAAUCAAGGUAACACAUUUGCUGAUGAUGGUGGGAAAGGUGACUUGGCAAGACACUUAAGAGCUACAAUUGCUCAAAAACAAAAUGAACCAGGGCAGUCUAAUGGGGGAGAUAUACUUCAUCUAAUGAUGGGUGUUUUAAAGGAGGAUGUUAUUGGUAUUGAUGGUCUGGGUUUUGAUGAUAAACUACCCGCAGACAACCUUUUCCACCUGCAGGCUGUUGAAUUUGGCAAACUAGUUUCAUCAUUGAGACCGGAGGAAUCAGAAGAUGUGAUUGUGACCUCCUGUCACAAGUUAACAGUUUUCUUUCAACACCGUCCUGAGCAGAAACUUGUAUUUAUGACCCAACAUGGCUUGCUCCCUCUUCUGGAAUUGCUUGAGGUUCCUAGAACACGGGUGCAGGUUAUAUGCUCCGUGCUGCAGGUUUUGAAUCAAAUUAUCAAGGAUAAUACCGACUUCCAGGAAAAUGCUUGUCUUGUUGGCCUUGUCCCUGUUGUUAUGGGUUUUGCUGUGCCUGAUAAAGCAAGAGAGGUUCGUAUGGAAGCAGCUUACUUUUUGCAGCAACUUUGCCAGUCAAGCUCAUUGACAUUGCAGAUGUUCAUAGCUUGCCGUGGGAUACCUGUUCUUGUGGGAUUUCUUGAGGCUGAUUAUGCAAAAUACAGGGAAAUGGUCCACCUAGCUAUUGAUGGCAUGUGGCAAGUAUUUAAGCUUCAGCGAUCAACCCUUAGGAAUGAUUUUUGUCGAAUAGCUGCAAAAAACGGAAUAUUACUCAGGCUCAUCAAUACCCUUUAUAGCUUGAAUGAGGCAACUAGGCUGGCUUCUAUAUCUGGUGGAGGUGGGUUUUCGAUGGAUGGUUUGGCUUUGCGAUCUCGCUCUGGUCCACUGGAUCCUAGUAAUAAUGCUUUUACACAGAGUGACAGUUCAGCCAAUGGGUUGGAUUAUCCCGAUCACCUUAAGGUCAAGCAUGCUGCAACAGAUCAUCCUUUUCCUCCUGGACCUCAAGAAUCUUCACGAGUUUCAUCGUCUCACUCACCUGAUUCGAGAUUCUUUACGCUAGAUACAGAUAAACCUCAGUCGAGCAACACUAGUGCUGAAGCUCCAGCUACUUCAAGAUCACCAGAUUCAAUGUCAAUGGAUAGAGUACCUGGUGCUACAGUGAAGGAUGUUUCUGUAGAGAGAGAUACUUCACAAGAUGCAGAACCUAGACAGAGACUUUCUAAUUUUGGAAGGUUGUCCGCUGACAAGCCUCGAAAAUCCAUGGAUGCUGCAUCAAAUGGGUAUCAUGCUACAACUCAACAAGAAAAUGUGCGUCCUCUUCUAAGUCUGUUGGACAAGGAACCCCCUUCACGACAUUUUUCAGGCCAGCUUGAGUAUGUACGCCAUCUUACUGGCUUGGAGAAACAUGAAAGCAUACUCCCCCUUUUGCAUUCAUCUAAUGAAAAGAAGACCAACGGGCUGGAUUUCCUGAUGGCUGAAUUUGCUGAGGCUUCUAGUCGUGGAAGAGAAAAUGCUAACAGCGAGGCGAUGCCUAGGACGACUCCACAUAAAUUAGUUAAUAAGAAGGCUGGGACGGUGGCAUCCAAUGAGGGAGGGGCUUCAACAUCAGGAAUUGCAUCUCAGACAGCAUCUGGUGUACUCUCUGGUUCCGGAGUUCUUAACGCUAGACCAGGGAGUGCAACUUCAUCUGGACUCCUGUCCCACAUGGUAUCACCGUGGAAUGCAGACGUUGCUAGGGAAUAUCUGGAAAAAGUAGCAGAUCUUCUACUCGAAUUUGCUGGUGCAGACUCAACAGUGAAGUCCUACAUGUGUAGCCAAAGUUUGCUUAGCCGGCUCUUUCAGAUGUUCAAUAAAAUUGAACCCCCUAUUCUGUUGAAGUUGUUAAAAUGCAUCAAUCAUUUGUCUACUGAUCCACACUGCUUAGAGCAUCUACAAAGAGCUGAUGCCAUCAAGCAUCUUAUUCCGAACCUUGACCUCAAAGAUGGUCCCCUUGUGUCUCAAAUUCAUCACGAGGUCCUCAAUGCACUAUUCAAUCUAUGCAAGAUUAAUAAGAGGAGACAAGAACAAGCAGCAGAAAAUGGAAUCAUCCCACACUUGAUGCGUUUUAUCAUGUCGGAUUCUCCAUUGAGACAAUAUGCAUUGCCUUUGUUAUGUGAUAUGGCCCAUGCAUCACGUAAUUCAAGGGAGCAGUUAAGAGCUCAUGGUGGGAUGGAUGUAUACUUGAGUUUACUUGAAGACCAGCUUUGGUCUGUGACAGCGUUAGAUUCAAUUGCUGUUUGUUUGGCACAUGACAAUGACAACAAGAAAGUGGAGCAAGCGUUGCUAAGAAAGGAUGCAGUUCAAAAAUUGGUCAAAUUCUUCCAGUGCUGUCCAGAACAGUUUUUCCUGCAUAUACUAGAGCCGUUUUUGAAGAUUAUCACGAAAUCAUCUCGAAUAAACACAACAUUGGCUGUUAAUGGAUUAACACCAUUGCUCAUUUCGAGGCUUGAUCACCAGGACGCCAUAGCUCGUCUCAAUCUGCUCAAACUAAUAAAGGCUGUUUAUGAACAUCACCCGCGUCCAAAGCAACUAAUCGUUGAGAACGACUUGCCUCAGAAACUUCAAAAUUUAAUCGAAGAGCGCAGAGAUGGGCAGAGCUCCGGUGGUCAAGUUCUAGUGAAGCAGAUGGCAACUUCACUGCUUAAAGCACUCCAUAUCAACACCGUUCUAUGAUGCAGGUCCAUCCUAUCUAUCCAUCUUCCCGUUGCCCUUGUAAAUAUAAUUUUUUGUGUGGGGUGUAAUUAUUUUGCAUUUCGUUUCUUGAAAUCAUGAUUGUCGUGCUUGUUUUGUUCUGGUUUUUCAUGUUUCAUUUGUAUCCUAUCAAGUAUCAACGACCAUCUACCAUGUAUGACAAAGAUGUAUAGAUUUAUUCUUAAGAGUUGACCCGAUUGUUGUAAGCCACAACGCACAUUAAGUUGUAUUUUGUACUUGUUUUUAUA